UAAUUAUGGAUAUCUAUGGUCGGGACUGUCAGGGCGGAAGCUGGCUCUGUUUUUCUUCCAUCCUGCAGGCGGCGCUGUGAUCUAAAACCUUUAGAAACCCAAGAAGAAGAAGUUCAGGAAACAUGUCUGCGGCGCUGGAUGGUUACGGAACGCUGGUAUCGGACUGGUUCCGUGUUUAGGUUCUGCUGCAGCCUCAGUCCAAUGGCCCUCCGGUACCUUCAGCUGCCGGCGGCCUGUAGGGCCCUGGUCCGCUUCGCCCUGCGGACCUCCGGAGCUCCCAGGAGGACGGUGAUGUGUUCAUCCCAUGGAGACCCGCUGGAGACUGGACCGAGCCUGCUGAGCGAGCUGCUGGGAGCCCACAGGACGCUGAGCUCCAGACCGCCCAAAGGAUUUGAGAAAUACUUCCCAGAAGGUCAGAAAGCGAGCAGAACGACUGAGUCAGACUCUGCAGCCAAAGAAUCCAAGGCUGCCAACGCUCAGAAACCCUCUGGGAGGUCUGGAGGCGGGGCGGACGGCGGGUCCGGAGGAGGGUCGGGAGGCGGAGGGAAGAGAGGAGGUCGCAAGGAGGAGUCCCACUGGUACAGCCGCCUGCAGAAGGGUGACGUUCCCUGGGAUGACAAGGAGUUCCGCAUGUACCUGCUGAGCGGCGUGGCCUUCUGGACCGCCGUCACCUACUACUUCUUCCUGCGUGAUGGAGGACGGGAGGUUACCUGGAAGGACUUUGUCAACAACUACCUGUCCAAGGGAGUGGUGGACCGGCUGGACGUGGUCAACAAGCGUUACGUCAAAGUGGUCUUCUCUCCUGGGAAGACGCCGUUGGACGGGCAGUACGUCUGGUUCAACAUCGGCAGCGUGGACACCUUCGAGAGGAACCUGGAGACGGCUCAGAGCGAGCUAGGCAUCGAGAGCGAGAACCGCCUGCCCGUAGUCUACUCCACUGAGAGCGACGGAACGUUCCUGCUCAGCAUGCUGCCCACCGUCCUCAUCAUCGGCUUCCUGCUCUUCAUGCUGCGGCGCGGCCCAGCGGGGGCCGGCCGCCCUGGCAGGGGAAUGGGGGGGCUGUUCAGCGUCAGCGAGACCACGGCCAAGAUCCUGAAGGACGAGAUCGAUGUGAAGUUCAAAGAUGUGGCCGGCUGCGAGGAAGCCAAGCUGGAGAUCAUGGAGUUCGUCAACUUCCUGAAGAACCCCAAACAGUACCAGGACCUGGGGGCAAAGAUCCCCAAGGGGGCCAUUCUGACGGGGCCCCCAGGAACAGGGAAGACUCUGCUGGCCAAAGCGACGGCGGGCGAGGCCAACGUUCCCUUCAUCACAGUCAACGGCUCCGAGUUCCUGGAGAUGUUUGUGGGCGUGGGCCCCGCCAGGGUCCGUGAUCUAUUUGUCAUGGCCAGGAAGAACGCUCCCUGCAUCCUCUUCAUAGACGAGAUCGACGCGGUGGGACGGAAGCGCGGCCGGGGGAACUUUGGCGGCCAGAGCGAGCAGGAGAACACCCUGAACCAGCUGCUGGUGGAGAUGGACGGCUUUAACACCGCCACCAACGUGGUGGUUCUGGCCGGAACCAAUCGACCCGACAUCCUGGACCCGGCCCUGCUCAGACCCGGACGCUUCGACCGGCAGAUCUACAUCGGUCCCCCGGAUAUUAAAGGACGGGCGUCCAUAUUUAAGGUCCACCUGCGUCCCCUGAAGCUGGGCUCUGACCUGGACAAAGACGCUCUGGCUAAGAAGAUGGCCGCCCUGACGCCCGGGUUCUCAGGCGCCGACAUCGCCAACGUGUGCAACGAGGCGGCGCUGAUCGCAGCGCGCCACCUGGCAGACACCAUCAGCCAGAAGCACUUUGAGCAGGCCAUCGAGAGAGUCAUUGGAGGUCUGGAGAAGAAGACUCAGGUUCUGCAGCCGGAGGAGAAGAAGACGGUGGCGUACCACGAGGCGGGUCAUGCUGUGGCCGGCUGGUUCCUGGAGCACGCCGACCCGCUGCUCAAGGUGUCCAUCAUCCCGGGGAACCAGGGCCAUUUCGACCUUGCCCGGACGAGAGGUUCGGGAAUUCCGAGGACCCGCCUGACCCGAGCCGAGCCUGAUCCCGUCUACGAAAACCAGACUCUAACGAAGAACCGACAAAAGGUGGCGCAGCGGCUUCUGGAGAAGGAGGUUCUGGACAAGAACGACAUGGUGGAGCUGCUGGGACGACGGCCCUUUGCAGAGAAGUCCACCUACGAGGACUUUGUGGACGGAACCGGCGGCGAGGACGAGGACACCACGCUGCCCGCAGGCCUGAGGGACUGGAACCAGGACAGAACCGACCCGGACAAGGAAAGUCCGGAGGAACAGGUGGCCCGGCAGAUCUCUGGAGGAAUGCCCUUCUAGGUCCUUCUCACCCUGCCAUCUCGCGCUUCCAGACUCUUCUGCCUCCAGAACCGGUUCUGCUGAGUUCUGACCCGCGGCGCCUGCAGGUUCUAAAGAACACAUCAGAAUCUGGAAAGCUAGGUUCUGUAGAUGGUUCUCUUAGAACUGGAGCCAGAGGUUUGGACCACAGAACCGUUCUCUGGAAUAAAAACUGAACCAACAGAACCUUCCACAUGGUUCUACAAUCAGCAGUGGUGGACCUGGAACCGUUCAGAUACCAACCUGUGGUCCACCUGGAGAUGCAGCUCAGGACUCUCACACCAGAACCGGAUCUAUUAUGCCAUUUAGUUCUGCUCAGCCCGACCCAGAUGUUGGAGCUGAGGAGCUCCGGAACGGCUGAAGGUUCUGAAGGUUCUGGAGGUUCUGUCCUGGAAGCAGCUCUGAUGGGCUCAGAUUCCAGGCCGGAGCUUUAGAACCUCCUCAGGACCUUUGGGCUGUAAAUGUGGAGCAGAACUGGUUCUGAUCAGGUUUGGGUCGGGGACUUCCCGGUCCGCUCUGAGUGGAAACAUGUACAAUGAUGUGUCUCUAGAACAAUAAAGGUGUUUAUGUGGG